UGGCGGCAGUGGCUGGCGCGGGGCCACGGGCCGCCACGGGAGCGAUGUGCUGCGUGGGCCGUGCUUGGCCAAGCUGCGGCGGCUGGCGGGGCUGGGGGGCCUGGUGCCAGCCCUGCCUGCCCUGAGGCCGCAUCCUGCCCAGCGCACGGCACGCAGAGGGGGUUCGUGCGCCUGGUGGGGCCUGUCACAGCCCCGUGGCGUGGCACGGCUGGGUGCCACCCACGCAAGGUGGCAGUGGAUGGGGCUUGGGGCCUGGUGAGCAUCCCCUGAGAUGCUGAGGGUCUGCAGGGACUGGUUUUGUCUCCCCAGGCCAGCAGUGCCCCACUGCUUCCCCUCGUUCUUUGGCUGGCAGUGCUCUCCUCAGCAUAUCCCAUCCCAACUUUGCUCCUCCACAGGAGCACCUGGGAUUUGCUGGGGUAAAGCCAUGGAGAGGGCAGGGGGAACCCCCCGGCUGUGGGAUGCCACUGAGCUCGAAGGGGACAGUCCCACCCUGAGAGAUGGGGAUGCAGCAGCAGGCCAAGAGCUGAGAGCCACCUCCAGGGAAUCCAGGCUUCCCCACUCCAUGCUUGGGGCAUUGAGGAGUGGGGGCUUCCCCGCACCCCACACGUGUGGGUGCAAACUGUCACUGUCCCUGCACCUCCUGGGGGCCCACAGCAUAAAUUCCCCUGUGUGGUGGGGACACUGGGCACUGGGUAGUGUCCUUGGGGUGAAUGGCUUUGGCGAGCCCAGCAUGGUGCACUGCCGUGUCCCCAUGGGACCUGCCUGUCCCACCCCUCACAGCCCCAUUCGCCCGGCCACGGGCUGCUCUGGGGCCGCACGCCCCAGCUGCCAGCGCUGCACAGGCAGCGUGCCGGGGAGCCAGCACGGGGCCAGGGGGUGGCCGCACUGGGGGACCCUGCGCUAAUGGAUUUGGAGUUUCCAAGGUCAGGCUCCCACCGCGAGCAAGAAAAACAUUCCCAGGGAAGGGCCAUGGGAAAGGCGCCCCCCCCGCGGCGCUCCCAGUCCCAGCAGCUGCCUUACGGCACAGCCUGGCAUCCCGGGCCGCUCGCGCGAGGAGGUGGCUGCGUCCCCCCGAGGAGAGCCAGCAUGGAGCAGCGAGCGGGGCCACCAGAGCCAAGACCUGCAGGACCCAGCACGCAUCCGCAGCCCAAGGAGGGGACACUGUGGGGUGUCCUCGCCAUCCUCUCGCUGCUGGCUGGGCUGGCCGCAGGCGCCCUGCGAACUCCUCACUGCAAUGAGACGCUGGAUGCGGCCCCCACGCCGCGGGACAUGGCCACCGCCAGCCCCAGCGCCGAGGACGGCAUGGAGAUGCCGCUCGCCUGGAGCCAGCUGCACGGGGACAACAUGACGACGGGGGCCCUGGGUGCAACAGAGCUGGCAGAUGACCUGCUGCUGCGUGCCGAGCGCUCGCCACCGGGCACGGGCAAAGCCAAGAAGGGGGUGCGGAAACCCUUGCGGGGUGCCCGUGGGCGCAACUGCCACAUCCGCAACCUGAUGGUGAAGGUGCGCGACCUGGGCCUGGGCUUCAACUCGGACGAGAUCGUGCUCUUCAAGUACUGCAGCGGCUCCUGCCACCGGGCGCGCAGCAACUACGACCUGACACUGGGCAGCCUCCUGCGGCAGCAGCUCAUCGUCCCGGGGCCACAGGAGCGCAUCCUCAGCCACCCCUGCUGCCGGCCCACCCGCUACGAGGCCGUGUCCUUCAUGGAUGUGCAGAACACGUGGCAGACGGUGGAGAAGCUCUCGGCGGCUGAGUGUAGCUGCAUCGGCUGAGGGGGGGCUGCCAGCUCAGCCCCGGCUCGAUGCACACUGGCAGCCCCCAGCUUGUGGCGCUGGCACUCGGAGGAAGGCAGGAGGGUCCGGUGCCCCCGGUUUUACGUGGCCAUGAGGGACAGAGGCAAGCUGGAGUCGUGACGGGGGGGUUGGCAGCUGAACCCCCUCCUGCUCAGUGCCAAGCAGCCGGUGCCACCGGCUCCGUGGGGUCCUGCCUGGGUGCACCCCUACCUGGCUUGGCCCUGGGAGAGGAGCCGCAGGGGGACGGAGCAUCCCCACCACCCUGUGCCCUGCCUGGACUGGUGCUCCCACACUCCUGCCAAGCAUCGCCCGGGCUUUGGAGGGGGUCAGGAAGGGGCACCCCGGGGCUGGGGGUGGCCGGAGCCACCCUGCGGGAAGGGGGUGUCCCCAAGGGCAGGGGCGCAGCGGGGCCAAACUGCACCGGCAUGGGGCAGCGCCCAGUGCUCCGCAGGGCACGGGCACCCCCGGGACCCCCGCCCAGCUCCGAGAGGGGGCUGCAGGGUCCCUCCCCGCGGUGCUGCGGCACUAAACUAUUUAUUACUCUAAAUUAUUUAUUUAUUGUUCUCGAGCGGCAGCUCCUAUUUAUGACUUUGGGCCCGCGGGGGCUGGGUGUAAUUUAACCCCAGCGCUGAUGUGAAGCCCUGGGGCUGCGGCCAGCAGCGCCCCAUCCCCAUCCUCGGGCUCCUCGUGCCCCCAACCCCUAUUUUUAUUUUUAUUUUUUUUUUUGGUUUAUUUUUUUGGUUGUUUUUCUAUUAUUUGUAAGAUUUGAGGAUAAACUCUAUUUUUGUACAGCCGCCUUUUCCCGUAGCAAUAAAGCGAUGGGCCGCGCGUCCGA